CUAGCCGGCAGCUGACGGGGCCCGCCCCGCCCCUCCCAUGUCACAGUCCCGAUGGGUAAUUGACAAGGACAUCUCUGCUUGUGUUUCCCUCGCCAUCAUCAACAGGAGCGUGUUCACGGUUCAGCCGUCAGCCGAGGUCACGCCAGCGCCACCGCAUCAUCUUUACGGGUUAUUACUUUUGCAUGAGGGCUCAAUGAUCGACGCGUCUUCUUUCACGUGUUAAGUUUCAUUGCAAUAACUCUCGCCACCACCAAAUGACGUCAGUAGCGGAGAUAUGCCGCCGAGGAAAAGACCGCAGCCAUGGGUCCUCGCCGUGUGGUUUAUGAGACUCUUGUUUCUUGUUCUGGCUGUGAACGCGUUGUGGCUGUGGUUGGGGAAAGACGGGUCCCUACUACAGCAUGCCUUCUACACGUCAGCCUCUAAAAAGGCUGUUGGACGACAGAGGAUAUCAGCUAACAGAACUUCACGCCUUCCGAUAUUCAACAAUUGUUGCAGGGGGCAAACAGACCGUUUAUCUAUUGCACUACAAAAGAUGAACGGAUCGCGGUGGAGGUUUAACAAGACAGCAAUAGAUAUUUUCAGACGAGAUCUCCUAGAGAUCAGUCACUUCCACGAAUAUUUCACAGCAACAAAGAAGAACUCCCCGCUGAACUCCUUUAUGUACUUCUUCGAGAAAAACAAGAAAGUUCGAAUCCCAGUCUCAGGGCCAGUUUGGUUUAGAUUACCUAAGGAGUUGCCUUUUUCCAAAGAUGACAGAUUCAACACUUGUGCCGUGGUCGGCAAUAGUGGCAUCCUGAAAAACAGCAAAUGUAGCGACAGAAUUGACUCUUCUGACUUGGUUAUAAGAUGUAACUUCGCUCCGGUUGACGGGAACUACACUGGAGAUGUUGGGAGGAAAACUGGAGUGAUGACGCUCAAUCCGUCCAUCCUCAUACACACGUAUAAAUGGUUAUUAAUGAGAAGAGAUCAGGACAGAUUUCUGCGUGACAUGGGUCACUAUGGCAACGCACUUGUUUACACCAAUCCAUUCCACUUCAGAGAGGUAACGGACAUCGUCAUAAAGGCAGACUUGCUAGCUCGCCACAGACACGCCAGACAGAAGUUGUACUUCUCCCACCCCACGUACCUGGAGGGGGUGACGGAGUUCUGGCGCAGGCGCAACGUCACGGAGAGAAGGCUGUCUACAGGCUUGUUUCUAACCAGCGCCGCUAUUGCUCUGUGUAGUCAAGUACAGCUGUACGGGUUCUGGCCAUUCUCUACAGACAGGCACGGCAACAACAUACCCUACCAUUACUACGACAAGAGCAGCAUCAACUCCGUGGUGCACAACAUCUCGGAAGAAUUUGGACAUUUACUGCAACUCUAUCGCGAGGGCAUUGUCAAUAUAACAACGCACCCUUGCGAGACUAACUUGAACUCCAGCAUAAGUGCCUAACAACCUGUCAUGACAAUCAAUACUUGUUGAAAGUAAUGAAACUUAACCUUACUAAGUUAGUAGAAACAUGUCAACAACAACAGCAAAUUACACAGUGCUUUUACCUUGAGAACAUGUCAGAGUGAGUAUAUAAACUAUAAGACUCUGUCAUAAACAACUGACAUUAGUAAUUUUUGUAACAGUUCUGUUUGUUCAUGCAUUCAGUUGAAAUAUGAAGGAAAUUGUAUUAGUUCAAGGUUUUAUUUAGUGCUGAUUAAUCUUUGUAUUGAUCAUCAGAUCGAACAGAAUGAAAGUUACAGAUCUUUUCGACAUCACUCUUUUAUAAAGCUUGGAAAUAUACACAAUAAUGCUUUUCUAUGUAUUAUUUUCUAAACAAUUAUAAUUUUUCAUUUUCAAAUACUUCAGCUUAUCAACAUAAUGCAUUUUGCUACUGUAUGGGAUUUACUAGUAUCUGCACUUUGCAAUAUUGCAAUAUUUCAAUGUAAAUGAUCUUCUGAAAAACAUGAUUCUAUGUGUAGAUUAAGAUAUGCGCUUACUAGUUGACAUUGGUCUAAUUAUCAAGCUUACAUGUAUGCAUUAUUCUUAGAGGCCUUAUAGAUAUGUACAUGUAUAUGCAACAGUGUGUACUUUGGAGCAUUAUUUUGAACUGCGAUCUUUGUAAUAAAAUGUAAAAAAUUCUGA